UUAUAAUAAGCUACACGUUGAGAAUAUAACGAAGAAAAGAACAUAAAAAACAACGUUUUACGGUGAAAUAAAAAAAUUGGAAAAUUAUUAAAAAUUAUAAUUUACGGUCGCUAGACGAGAGAAUAAGACUAAAAUUAAUUAAGUUAAUUGGGUAAAAUGGAACGUAUCAUCAUAAAGAGCUUAGUUUUAUUGACUCUAACAAAUUGGGCUAUUGGAUUAGCUUUAUGUCCUGCUGGUUGUUCAUGUGAAGAUGAAAGAUUAUUAGUUCGUUGUCAAGAAGGCAAUAAUCUCGAUAUUUUGCCGAUUACUUUAAAUCCAGCCACAGAGCGUUUAAUCAUCAAAUUCAACUCAAUUAGGAUAAUCGAUUCAUCGAUUCAGUUCUAUAGUGAGCUAAGACUGCUUGAUCUCAGCAAUAACCAAAUUUAUUUGACCGAAGAUAAAGUUUUCAUCUAUCAAAAUAAACUCCUGCAGCUUCAUUUGAAUAACAACAAAAUUAGUGAUAUAAAUAACAAUACAUUUAAAGGCCUCGUACGACUUGAGACCCUAAAUUUGCGCGGCAAUUACAUUAUGGAAUUGAGAAACGGUGUCUUGGCGACAACACCAAACAUUGAAUAUUUGAAUUUGGGACAAAACAGAAUAGCCACAAUCGAGCCCGAAGCGUUCGAUGGAUUAAAGAAUUUAAAAUCAUUAUACUUAGAUGAUAAUAUCUUGACAUCAAUCCCAAAUUUUGCCUUUAAAAAUAUUCCAUAUCUUGCUGAGCUCUUCAUUGGUAUGAAUUCCCUCAACUCACUGGAGAACGACGCAUUCAGAAAUUUAAUAAAUUUAGCUGCACUCGACAUCCAUGGUUCUCUUUUAACAAACAUUACUCACGCUGCUUUUUAUCGUCUGAAAAAUUUGAAAUCACUGGACAUAUCAGAUAAUUCGUUAACGAAAAUACCUACUGCCGCUUUAAGUAGUCUCCAACGACUUGAAUCGCUCAAAAUUGGACAAAAUGAUUUUGAAGUAAUUGGAGAGGGAUCAUUUUUCGGUCUCUCAUUUCUAAGAAAAAUUGAUAUUUCCGGCAAUAAAGUCUUAAAACGAAUUCAACCUGGUGCUUUUGCCGCAAAUCCUAAUCUUGAAACGAUCACCAUUUCAUCAAAUAAAUUAUUGAUUGACAUUCACGAUGGCGUAUUCAGCGAUUUACCAAAUAUUAAAAAUGUGGAUUUACAAAAUAAUGCUUUUGUGACUAUUCGUGAACAAUUGUUGCCCUGGAGAUCAUUAAAGUCAUUUGAACUUGCCGAUAAUCCAAUUAGCUGUGACUGUGAAUUGAAAUGGCUUCAUACAAUUUUGAUAGAGGAUAUAAAAAGUAAUUAUGAUAUAAUUUGUAAGUCACCAGUACAAUUUUAUGAGCAACGACUUCAAGAUAUUCCAAAUGAAGCUCUUGGAUGUAGCAACGGUAGAUCACCAAUUGUAACAUAUAUAAUCUUCAUACUCAUGAUCGCAGUUGCGACAACGAUAGGAGUUUACAAGAAUCGACACUUUUUUAGACACAAAUUUCAACGUAAAUCACAAUUCAUUAACAAUGAUGCCGACUGUAGUUUUGAGCAGCAUCACAUUUAUGAAGAGAUUUCAGUGAAGCAUAAUGACAACAUGAGCAAUCUUAUGCAUUACAAUAAUACAGUAAACAGUAAUAUUUAUAGUUUCGGAUGCCCCUAUCCGCUUCAGCAAGCUGUCACUCAACCACCAAUUUAUUUACCAACGGGACUUUAUGACGAACGAAAAAUCAUUCCACUUUAUACUACUCAUUAAUUGAGUACGUAGACACGCUUUUUUAAAUACAUUAUCAUUAUUAGUGUAUGACCAAUUGAAUGACAUUGAUUUGUAAAAUCAUUAAACUUCAAUGAUAGUAUAGAAGGGGAAAUUUUUAGUUUCUUAUAUCGCUUAUUGAAUCAUUUUCUAGUCCCAAAUGAGU